UGAAUCAAAUUUGUUUGGAUAAAUUAUUAAAAAAACAUAUUUGAUUUUUCCUUGUGUCAAAUGAAAAAAAUAUUAAAAAUAAAAGAGAAGCAAAUUUGGGCACUCCUUCCACUUGCACACAUGAGAAUUGAGAAAUAAAAGGCCAACACUCAUCAAACCUUAUAACAAUCAUUCUUCUUCUCUUUCAAUUUCAAAAAACUCCAAAAUGACCGGAGGCGAACACAGUGAAGCAUCGGUUUCCGAUGACUCCAACUCCAACAACAACCUCAAAGUCCCACUUCUUCCGCUCCAAAGAACACACACCAACCUCUUCACCUUCAAAUCCCUCUUCACCCUCAGCAAUUUCUAUAUCCUCCUCGGACCUUUAUUAUCCCUUCUCAUAUGUCUCUUUGUCAAUCUCGACGCUCCGAAAGCCAGUCGCAACAUGCUCGCCGUCAUCGCUUGGGUUUUCACUUGGUGGGUGACCUCCGCUUUACCACUUCCGGUUACCUCUAUGUGUCCGCUGUUUCUCUUCCCUCUCUUCGGAAUCGCUUCCGCUGAUACCGUUGCUCACUCUUACAUGGAUGAUGUUAUUACUCUAGUUCUUGGAAGUUUCAUUCUCGCCCUCGCCGUUGAACGCUACAACGUUCAUAGAAGAUUGGCCUUGACGGUGACAUCUGUGUUUUGUGGGGAACCGUUGAAUCCAGCGCUAUUAUUAUUGGGUCUAUGUGCCACGUCAUUCUUUGUGAGUAUGUGGAUGCACAACGUGGCGGCGGCGGUGAUGUUGAUGCCGGUGGCUACGGGUUUAUUACAGCGGCUUCCGCCACCGUCGGAGCAAUCGGAGUUAGUUAACAAGUUUAGUAGAGCGGUGGUGCUGACGGUGGUUUACGCGGUGCCAAUAGGAGGAAUGAGUACUUUGACUGGGACAGGUGUCAAUUUGAUAUUGGUUGGAAUGUGGAAGAGCCUUGAACCUGGAGCGAAGCCGAUUAGUUUCAAUACGUGGUUUUUUUAUGCUUUUCCGGUGGCUUUUGUUUUUGUUAUUUGCUUUUGGUGUAUUCUUUGCUUGAUUUACCUACGAAAAGGUUCAGCAACGGCAUUAUCGUCUUAUUUGAGUAAAGCACAUUUGAAGAGGGAAUUAGAAGCUCUUGGUCCCAUGUCUUUUGCUGAGAAAAUGGUGCUGUCAGUGUUUGGGUUGUUGAUCAUAUUAUGGAUGACAAGAAGAAUCACAGAUGACAUUCCUGGAUGGGGAGCUUUUUUCCAUGGCCUUGUUGGUGAUGGAAGUGUUAGCGUUAUGGUGGCUGUGUUAUUAUUCAUAAUCCCUAACAGAAAACAAGAAGGUGAAAAACUAAUGGAUUGGAACGAAUGCAAGAAACUACCAUGGAACCUAAUUCUACUUCUAGGAGCUGGUUUCGCAUUAGCCGACGGAGUUCAAGCUAGUGGUCUAGCAGAUGUACUUUCAAGAGCAAUAGAUUUCUUAGAAGAUGCUCCAUAUUUAGCCAUAGUUCCUGCAGUUACUCUUAUAAGUAGCAUUAUAACUGAGUUCAUAACUUCAAAUGAUGCUACUGCCACACUCAUUAUCCCACUUUUAUAUCACAUAGCUAGAACUAUGCAUGUACAUCCUCUUCUUCUUAUGAUCCCAGGAGCAAUGGCAAGUGAAUUUGCUUUCUUGCUUCCAACUUCAACUCCUUCAAAUGUAGUUGCUUUUGCCACUGGCCAUAUUGAAAUUCGAGAUACACUUAAAGUUGGGUUGCCUCUUAAGCUUACUGGAAUUGCUGUGCUCUCAGUUUUUAUGCCAUCUCUAGGGGCUUUAGUUUUUGGAACAAAUGAUGGUGUUCAAUGGAUGCAAAGCACUCCUUUGUUGAGAAAUUGAUUUCUUCUUCAAUUAAUUUCUACAAUGCGUUAGCAAAUUUUUGGUGUUAUUUAUGAUUGAAAAUUUUACACAAACCUUCCUACUUACCACAAAAGCUAAAGAAUAGAGAAUGUGGAUAUGCACUAUAUGUAGAUAUUACUAGGCAAAGGAGGAGGGAUGUAAAUAUAUGUCUAUUUGCUUAUUGAUUUUUAUUUUAUUUUUUAGUCAGCUUGAUGAGAGAUUUUAUCAAUUUGUACUGUAAAGUAUUUGCCUUCAAUAAUUAUUGAAGGAGGAGUGAUUAUGUAUUUCAAUUGUGACUUCCUAUGUUUUUAUGGGUUGUAAUAUAUUCACUAUAAAAAAAAUGUUUACUCA